CGCCUUUCUUCAUCCCUCCUCCUCCUCCUCAACAUCACAAUUUUCCCUCGUCCGCCGUCCGCCAACUCUCUGCCUCCCUCCCUCCUCCCUCCCCUCUCUUUCUGAUCCAACCGUCUCCCGCUCCCCCAACCCUCCUCCGACCCCUUCCACCUUGUUUUUCCCGGCACUCGUUUUGCUUUAUUAAUUUCCCGUCUUAAUAAACUUAGCAAGCAACCCGACUUUUCGUCGGUGACCGGCGACCUCGUCCUCUCUUUUCACCAGGCUUUUCCCACCACCUUUCCCCCCCGCCAUCGAGGCACUAACUCCAUUCGGAGCGAACUCUCGAUCGAUGUCCAACUUCAUCGACUACAGCCGCAGGAGGCGCGAUGAGGGCACGCCUUCGCCCCAGGGCAGCAUCCAGCAGGCUGACCACGCCGACCACGGCAACGGCGCUGCUGCCAACCCGUUCAGCGAUGGUGAACACGAGAACAGGCACCGUGGGCUGAGCCUGGGGACGGUGGCGAGCAACCCGUACAGGAGCCCGUUUGAGCAGAACUACAAGAACGAACAACCUGCAGGGGGGUACGAGCACCCGGCCACGGGUCGUGGACACCACUUUGACAUUGAACAGGUCCACACCGAUGUCCCUGAGGGCGGGCAGCGCUACCAGGGCCAGCAAAACGAGCCGUUCUUCGACCCUACCUUCCGCGGCUAUGAGGAGGAGGAGCCCCUGGAGAUGGCCUUCUUCGACCACGUCGUGCAAAACUACGGCGAUAUGAGCUUCAUCAACCGCAACCGUCUCAUGGUCCGCCAGGCGCUCUCGUUCGGUCUCACCCUCGGCGCCCUCGGUCUCGUCCUCGUUGCCUCGUUUGCCGCAUACCUCAACCCCCUCAAGAAGACGCCCCCGCAGGCGCGCGCCGACCGCGAGUAUGAGCGAAGGGUCACGGGCGAGCGCUUCAGCGGCAAGCCGGCCUACUACUCGGAGUUCUGGGGCUACCGUUGCGACGAGCACGAGAUCAUCACCGAGGGCGGCUGGAUCCUCAAGGCCCACCGCAUCUCCGACCCCCGCCGCGCCGGCCCGCCCGGCUACCCCGUCAUCCUCCAGCACGGUAUUCUCUGCAACUCGUCGCAUUUCUUCGUCUGUGAGGAGCGCUCCAUGGCCUUCUGGCUCGUUGACCAGGGCUACGACGUAUGGGCCACCAACAUCCGUGCCAACUUUGAAGCCGGCCACACCGAGUACACACGAAACGACCCCCGCUUCUGGGCCUUUGGUAUCAAGGAGCUCGCCUAUGACCUCCGCGACGUCAUCGAGUUCAUCACCGGCGCCACUGGACGGCCCCGCGUGGCCUACGUCGGCCACUCGCAGGGCUCUGGCUCCAUGUACAUUGCCCUCUCGCCAGGCGUGUGCCCCGAGGUCGGCCAGAAGAUCAGCUCCUUCACCGCCAUUGGUCCCUCCGUCUACGCCGGCCCCGUGCUGCGCAAGUUCCCCUUCAGCCUCAUGCGCCAAUUUCGCUCCCGCAAGUGGUGGUCCACCAUCUUUGGCGUCAAGGAGUUCAUCCCCGCCAUCGGUCUCUUCCAAAAGUACCUGCCCGCCUUCUGGUUCGGCCACCUCGGCUACGUCAUCUUUUCCUUCCUCUUUGGCUUCCACGACCACAACUGGGUCAACCGCCAGAAGCCAAAGAUUUUCCGGUCCCUGCCCGUCCCCACGUCUUCGGAGCUCCUCUACUACUACAUGUCUGGCUUUUCCCACCGUGGCUGCAUCUUUGACCCGCGUGUGACCAAGCCCUGGUUCCCCAAGACGUUCCCCAGGCACAGCAUCUACUACGGCAACCUCGACUACCUCGUCCUGGGCAAGCCCCUGGCACAGCGCAUGGAGCGAAACGAAAAGAACGUCGACAUUGUCCACGCCGUCGAGCUCGAGGGCUACGAGCACCUCGACUUCAUCAUGGGCAUCGACGCCCACCGCGUCGUCUACACCGGCAUCAAGGACACCAUCGAGAGCUCCAUCUCGGACGAGGAGAGGAGCCCCGAGAUGGCCGAGAGGAGGUAGAGUCGGACCUCUCGACUGACCACCUUCACCGACUGACCGAACCGACGGACUCCACCCGAUGAUAUCCCGCAAACAAAACUCAACCACACGCUCUUUUUCUCUCUUUUGAUUCUCCCACGGGGCGCGAGGCGCCGAUGAAGCCUCCCCUUUCUCUGGCCCAGUACUUACUACUUGUCUUGGCUCUUCCCCGCUCUUUUCGUAAUUCUCCCUAUUGUUGUAGUACUCCUUCGCACGCAGGCCAGACGCUGCCCACUCCCCCACCUUUGCUUUCCCAGUGUUCGUUCUGUCUAUAACUCUCUCUCUCUCGUUGCCUGAAUGCUCAUCGAACGUUCGCAGCUUAU